AUGCCACGUUCCUUCCUGGUCAAGAAAGUCAAGUACCCGGUGGUGAACCACCACUCCGGCGGCGGUCCCCGCUGGUACCGCGAGCCGUCCAGUCCGACCGAGGCCUCACCGGUGCCCAGCCCGCAGCCGAGCUCGCCCAGCCGCGGCGGAGAUGCCGUCCCAGCCUACGAUUUCCCAUGCAGCCCGUACGAGGGCGGCCCAGGCCUGGUGGCCAUCACCAUUCUGCCGCCAACUCCCACCGCUGCCUGCGGUGUUUCCCAGAGCCCCUGGUCCACCGAGGCAAAAGAGUAUCACGAACUGUCGCCCGCCUUUCAGUAUGAGCCUAUGAUCGAAGUAGCCAGUAAUGUAGACGUGGUAACGGAGCCCAACCCCACGCGCCGUCGCGGCACCAAGGCACCCUUGACGGACGGUCGCAGCCGCCGAAAAACCCGUAAAAGCUCUCCUCGCGGCACGAAGCAGAGCUCGGAGUAUCCCCGAUUCACGUGCGGCGAGUGCGGCAAGAACUACGCCACCUCGUCGAACCUGUCCCGGCACAAGCAGACGCACCGCAGCCCGGACUCGCAGCUGGCCAAGAAGUGUCCGACCUGCGACAAGGUGUACGUGUCCAUGCCGGCGCUGGCCAUGCACGUGCUCACGCACAACCUGAGCCACAAGUGCCCCGUGUGCGGCAAGGCCUUCUCGCGGCCCUGGCUGCUCCAGGGCCACAUGCGCUCGCACACCGGCGAGAAGCCGUUCGGCUGCGCCCACUGCGGCAAGGCGUUCGCCGACCGCUCCAACCUGCGCGCCCACAUGCAGACACACUCGGGGCUCAAGCACUUCAGCUGCGCCAGGUGCCACAAGUCCUUCGCCCUCAAGUCGUACCUCAACAAGCACCUAGAGUCGGCCUGUUUUAAAGAAGAUGAAGGCGUACUUUCGGUAGUUCAGGACACUAUGGAUUCUUUGCCCCCUCAAUAA